UAAGUUCAAGUAGAGUUGAGACUUCUUUUGUCUUAUAAGGCUAAAAUAGUAUGCAUUCAUAGAAAAAUCACAGGCUCAAACGUUGACCAUUUUUAUAAAAACCUACUCAUGGUUUUCUAGAAUUUCAUCAUUAGGAUAUGGGUGGCAAAAUCUCCAAAAGAGACCGAGCCAAUUCGAGAAACAAAUGCAGACAACCAUCCGGGUCGGAGGAUUAUGCUCUUCUUGCUUCAAAGACGCCAUUUACUGUGAGCGAGAUCCAGGCCUUAUAUGAGCUGUUUAUGAAAGUAAGUAGUUCCGUUGUCCAAGAUGGACUUAUACACAAGGAAGAACUUCAGCUUGCACUUUUCCAGAGUUGUGAUAAGAGGAACCUUUUCUUAGACAGGAUAUUUAAUCUAUUUGAUGUCAAUCGCAAUGGGUGUAUCGAGUUUGGAGAAUUUGUUCAAACUUUAAGUAUUUUUCACCCAAAAACUCCAGAAGCAGUCAAGAUUAAGUAUGCAUUUAAAUUAUACGAUCUCAGGCAAACUGGCUACAUCGAACGUGAAGAGUUGAAGGAUAUGGUGCAGGCUCUUUUGAAGGAAUCUGAUCUGACCUUAUCAGAAGAUGUUGUUGAGAUGAUUGUAGGCAAGACAUUUGCAGAAGCAGAUUCGAAAGGAGAUGGUAGGAUCGAUGAAGAAGAAUGGAAGGAAUAUGUAGAGAAGAAUCCUUCUUUACUAAAAAACAUGACUCUCCCAUACUUAAUGGACAUAUCUCUAGCAUUUCCUAGCUUUGUGUUCAACUCUAAGGUUAAUGAAUCCCAGUUGUAGCCUCAAAUAUUCUGUUGGCGAAUUCGUCCCAGUGAAGAUUGAGACAACGCGGAGCAACUUGGUCAUGUACUGGAAAUCUGGCCAACGAAUCAAUAAAUGUAAGUCGAGAGCAAACCAGUUCCAAACAUGAGAGUUUCAAGGGAAACAUAUGCAUGCAAUCAAAGUAUGCUGGCAAAAAUGUUCAGUGUGACUAUGUUCAAAGACUUUCAAGACAGAAAUCUAGGCCCUCUGCCCUAUGGCCUUCUUAGUUUGCUUUGUUGAAUUGUAAUAUUUUUUUUGAAACGUUUGUUUGGAAACAAUUGUGUAAAAAUUAGGCCGUGUAAACAAUUGUGUAGUAAUUAUAUAGCAGAGUAAUUAAUAUAUAUUUUAAAAUACAA